AUGUUGCGGUAUCUGUGGCUUUUGAUGGCACUUCGAGCCCUGGCGAUGGGUGCACUGCAUCCGCUGGCGCCAGAAGCCAUGAUGCCCCUGGUGGCGGCUGCCCUGGAGAUUCUGGACGAGCAGGUCAGCCCCUCGCAGAGCACGCUGGCGGUGAUGGAGCUCACCCGCAAGGGCGGGCACAGGGAUCAUCAGCAAGAGGAGCUGAUGACCGCGAUCCUCAGCGAGGUGGGCAUGUCGAUGGCCCUGAGAACCUUCCAGAAGCCACCCCUCGAAGUGCCGGCCAGCUACGUGGUGUUCCUGGUCAACUCCGCCCAGGCCUUCAACACCCUGAGCUUUCACUUCACGGACAUGCAUUCCACGCGCGAGUACAACUUCCUGAUCCUGUUCACCCGUCGCAUGGCCUCGCGGGCCGAAAGAAUCCGGGUGCUCCGAGAUAUAUCCAUGACCUGUGUGAAACUCCACAUCCUCAAUGUGAUACUGCUCACCCAGAAGAGGAACGGAACGGUGCUGAUCUACGCCUAUCGCAUGUUCAACCAGGACUGCGACCUGAAGGUAAACCUGGAACUGAUAGAUAGCUAUGAGAAUGGUUCCUUUGGGUAUGAUCACAGGGCCCGAUCCUUCGAUCGCGGUCUGAGCAGUCUGUCCGGCUGUCCCCUGCGGGUCAGUUGGUAUCCACUGGCCCCGUUUGUCUUCUUCAACGGCAACGCCAGCGAUCCGGAGGAGAGGACCCAGGUCUGGCGCUUGAGCGGCAUCGAUGGAGAGCUCAUCAAGUUGCUGGCGCAGAUCUUUCACUUUCGCAUCCUGCUGGAGGAGCCCUGCGACAAGUGCCUCUCGCCGGACAUCAAGGACGAUUGCAGUGGCUGCUUCGACCAGGUGAUAUACAGCAACUCCUCCAUCCUCAUCGGGGCCAUGAGUGGCUCGCACCAGCAUCGAUCGCAGUUCUCCUUCACGUGCUCGUACCACCAGAGCUCCCUGGUCUUCAUCCUGCACAUGAGCUCCCAGUUCGGAGCGGUGGCCCAGUUGGCGGUGCCCUUUUGUGGCACCGUCUGGCUGGCCCUGGUGGUCUCCGGUGUCCUGGUGGUCCUCGUUGUCUGGCUGCGCAAGAGGUUCGUGUGCGGCAACUCAGACGGGGCGAGCCAUGCCCUCCAGGUGCUGACCACCCUGAUGGGCAAUCCCCUGGAGGCGCGGAGCCUGCCCAGAAGUUGCCGGAUUCGCAUCCUAUACGCUGGCUGGUUGCUCUUGGUCCUGGUCCUGCGAGUCGUCUAUCAGGGCAAGCUUUUCGACUCCUUUCGCCUGCCCUAUAACAAACCGCUGCCCACCGACAUAUCCGAGCUGAUCAGGAGCAACUAUACACUGAUCAAUCAGGAGUAUCUGGACUACUAUCCACGCAACUUGACCGUGCUGACCCGGAAUGGGUCCAAGGAUCGUUUCGACCAUAUCCAGGAGCUGGGCGAGGAUGCCAGACUCACGACCACCUCGCUGAUUGCCUCCAUGACGUUCUACAACCUGAGGCACUGGAGCACCAGCCGCCUGACCCACAUCCGAGAGCACAUCUUUCUCUACCAACUGGUCAUCUACUUGAGGCGUCACUCGCUGCUGAAGUUCGCCUUCGAUCGGAAGAUCAAGCAGCUGCUUUCGGCCGGAAUCAUAGGGUAUUUUGUUCGCGAAUUCGAUAGGAGCCUAUAUACGAAACCCUUGGAGGAGGACUACGAGGUGUCCCCCAUUCCGCUGGACUCCUUCUGCGGUCUCUACUACGUUUCCUCGCUUUUGCUGGCUGCUGCCUUCGUGGCCUUUUUCCUGGAGCUGCUCAGCCUGAGGGUCAACUGGUUGAGGAGGUUAUUUGAGUAA